AUCUAUGUAAUGGGGAAUCCUUUGAUAAUGGUAUUUGCGCUCACAGCAACACUUGUCUUACCGUAUCUUAAACGCUUCCUUUCUGGCCAUGGGGAGAACAUCAAGGAGAGCGCCAAAAGGAAAGAGGAAAGUAAACUUUACCGAAAAGCAGAAUAUGCGUUGUUUCUGAUGUUCGAAAUCGCAAACCUCAUUAACUUUGUUGUACUCAUCACAUGA